GUCAGCAUACUAUUGGUACCACUUCUGGAUGAUUUUAUAGAUACAAGAUUUAACCAAUGUGCGUGGAUCUGCCAAAUAAUAGUCUAGUCUUUUAAAGAAAUAUUUUAAAGUGAUUUACACUUAAAACUGCAAUGAGAAACAUGGUAAAUGAAGGACAUAUAUUAAAGUACUUCUUAGGAGUCACCAUCCUGAUGUUCCAUGUGUGUGUUGUGGAAACCCUUUAUUUCACUGAAACAAAUAUGGAUCUACAGUUUAGCUACUCAGAUGGGCCAGUUCAUCAUAUAAGACCAAGAAGCGCAGAGCUAUUGGAAUACUCUGUGGUUGUUGAAGUGAAUAUAUCCCAAACUGUAGUGUUUGAAGAGAUCAAAUCUUCCUUGGCUUCCUUCACAUUUCCUUUGCAAGUGAGCAACAAUACUGAAAUUACUGCUAUGAACAUUACAACAGUGUGCCAACCAAAUUCGACCAAAUACCAGUGCAUAUGUGGAAAUGGUUACGCAUGGUCUUUCAAUAACUGCAAGACUUAUGAUGCCUGUGAUAACGUCAGUUUCGGCUCAUGCGGAUGUAUCAAUGGUAUUCCGGGUAAUGGAGACCUGUGUUUGUUGCAGAGUGAACUACCAUUCACAGACUUUUUGUUUGAAAUUGAGAUGGAGUCAUCAAGCAUCUCUGUGAUCAAAGAGCUGAAGAAAUAUCUGGAGAACUUUACCUAUCCUCUUGAAUUAGAUGAAAGGGCAGAGUUAUUAGAUGUGGGCAUCACAACAGUGUGCGAUUUAAGUGGCACCGGAUACCAGUGCAUAUGUGAGGAUCAGUAUUUUUGGACUUGUGAUAAGUGCAAAGAAUAUGGGAGCUGUGACAUUAUUACUAACGGCACAUGCGGCUGCAUCAAUGAUAUACCAAGUGAUAGACAAUUCUGUCAACCAAUCAUCAAGACACAAAAUGUCACAGCAUGUGAGCAACCACCAACAGUGCCAACAGCACCACCAACAACAAAUAUACCACCAACAACAAAUAGACCACCACCAACAACAAAUAUACCACCACCAACAACAAAUAUACACCACCACCACCACCAACAAAUAGACCACCACCACCAACAACAAAUAGACCACCACCACCAAAAACAAAUAGACCACCACCAACAACAAAUAGGCCACCACCAACAACAAAUAGACCACCACCAACAACAACAAAUAGACCACCACCAACAACAAAUAGGCCACCACCAACAACAAAUAUACUACCACCACCAACAAAUAGACCACCACCACCAACAACAAAUAUACCACCACCACCAACAACAAAUAGACCACCACCACCACAACAACAAAUAUACCACCACCACCAACAAAUAUACCACCACCACCAACAAAAUUGAAAUAAGUUACUCAACUCUGCCUAACUACAUUAACCGUUCUGCAAAUGUAAUUGGCUUCAGGGCUGGUAGCAUUAUAGCAGACUUCACAAUUAGUUCAAAUGGCCCAAUUAGUACCCGUGAAUUUGAAACAGCAAAUGCACAGGUUUCCAACAUUCUCAAGAAUGAUGGAAUCAAUUUAACCCGGGAUCCUUUUGCUGAAAGUGUUACAGCUACAGAAUUUCACUGCAAAAAUACAACUCUUGGAUUUGGACAGCAAGGUGCAACUGUGGCAGGACCCUGUGAAAAGGGCAAAGAAGGUAGCAUAACUUAUGAAUGUCAGUCGUCAGGUGAUUGGACACAGAUUCAGGAGAACUGUGUACCACAAAUAAUCAAAGAACUUGAACAGAAAGCUAAGAUCUUGAUUGUGGAGGAUAUUCCAGUGUUUUUGUCUGACCUCAGUAAUGCUACAGCGCAGAAUAUUAAUGAAAUAACACAGUCUAAAGAGACUGUCAAAACAAUUGUUGACAUGCUCUCCAAAAUUGCUAAUAUUUCACAAAACAUUACAAUCAAUAAGCCUGUGAUGGAGAAUUUUCUAAAAACAGUGGAAAUCCUUAUAUCAAAUGAUGCCAAAUAUACAUGGCAAAAUUUGAGCAGAGGCAACACGACAGAAAACACCAGCAUUGAACUUCUGAGAGCUAUUGAGACUAUAAGUGAAAAUCUUUCAAAUGACAAAUUUAAUAUUACUAAAAACUCCAUUCAGCUGACUAGAAAUACAAUUAAAGGUUCAUUCAAUGAAUCAUCUAAACUACCAAACUCAACAACCCAUAUUGAGAUACCAGUGGUUCCUGAACCAACCCUCAUAACCAUUAUAGUUUUCACAAACCUUGACAAUAUCCUGCCUACUCGAAAUACUACUAAUAAUGACAGCACACAACUCAAAUGUCACCACAUCAAUGGAGAUGUGGUUGUGAUUAAGGUUAACCAAACAAUUAACAACAUUUCUUUUACCUUUGACAUUACGGAUGAGAAAUUGGGAAAUCCUCAGUGUGUCUUUUGGAACUUCAGUCUCAAUAAAUGGGAUUCCAAUGGAUGUGAAUCAAAGCUCUUUAUGAAUAAAAAUGUUACAUGUGAAUGCAACCACACAACCUCUUUUUCAAUCCUGAUGUCACCGUUUGUCAAUCCAAAUCCUGCCUUGGCCUAUAUAACUUACAUUGGUGUAGCUAUUUCAAUGGUCAGCUUGAUAUUGUGUCUCAUAAUUGAGAUUAUUGUAUGGAAGUCAACAACAAGAAAUGACACCUCCUACAUGCGGCAUGUCUCCAUAGUCAACAUCGCUGUGUCUCUGCUGAUUGCAGACAUCUGUUUUAUCAUUGGAGCUGCAGUUGCAGAUCAAGAGCAGCCUACCUCAGUGGGUCGCUGCAGUCCAGCCGUUUUCUUCAUGCACUUUUUUUAUCUGGCUCUUUUCUUUUGGAUGUUACUUUCAGCACUUUUGCUCUUUUACCGCACUGUCAUGGUCCUGUCUCAAAUGUCAAGGCGGAAAAUGAUGGCCAUCGCCUUCAUAGUCGGUUAUGGCGCACCUUUGCUCAUAGCAGUCAUUACUGUUGCAUCAACAGCUGGACCUAAACAAUAUAUUACAAAGAAAAAUGCAUGUUGGCUGAACUGGUUUGAAUCUAAGGCCCUGCUGGCAUUUGUGGUUCCAGCUUUGACUAUUGUGGCCAUCAACCUUCUGGUUUUAAUUGUGGUUCUGUAUAAGAUGUUGAGGAGAGGAGUUGGUGUCGCAACUCAACCAGAUGAGAAACAUACUUUAGUAGUCAUUGCCAGAUGUGUAGCCAUUCUGACUCCUAUCUUUGGUCUUACUUGGGGAUUUGGCAUUGGAACCAUGGUGUCAUCUGCCUUCGGCAUUCAUGUGGUGUUUGCAAUUCUAAAUUCACUGCAGGGAUUCUUCAUUUUGGUGUUUGGGACACUUUUAGACAGCAAGAUUCAUGAGUCCCUGGCAGGAAAGCUGUCACUAAGCAACCUUAGCUCUAACCGCACCAGGAGCACUGCUGCAGGACCAUCAUCAAGUGGACUGGGUUUCUUUAAUAGAAUAAGGAGGAGAUAUGUGUACAAUAUAUCUGAUGCCAGCACUUCCUCAUCAGCAGCUACAUCAUCAAACAGCUACAGUGCACUUUAAUGAAUGCUUAAUCAGCUAUUAACCCCAGAAGUGAUUCUCAAGUGCAAACAUAUGUAACCUGCACUUCGACACAGAUUUCUGAUCAUUCUAAAAGAAAUAGGGACAUAGUAUUUUUGCUGAUUUUAUUUUUCAUUGAUACAUUUUCUAAUAAUGCCAUGAUUAAUGGCAUGAUAGUACACACUUUCAUUUAUAUCAGAAAAGGCAGUAAUAUUAGUCUAGACCAAUUGCAUAGCUUUUCUGAAAUUCACUUUUCUAUUGGCUAUUUUAAGAGAUAUGGUUUUGCUGUCCAGUUGGUCAUUACAUCUAUCUUGUUGUUCUAAUCUACGGUUUCUAGAUUGUAAAAAAGUAUAAUUUUUUUUUAAUAUUACUACUUCACCAAUAAUGGAAUGCCUCUUCAUUUAUAAUUUACUUGGUAGCAUUAAAUUGUAGACUCUGUCUCUUGCCUUUAAAUAUUUUGCAGAACUGUAAUGGUAAGCUAGAUCAUGUUUCCAUUAUCUUAUGUCCUCCCAGUAUGAAGUAUACGCUCCAAUAUCUUAUUAAUUUUUAGUUCUUUGAGCUUGUGUGUUAUGAACUGAAACAUUUGGACCUUUCACCUGUAAACCUGCCAACUUUCACAUUAUAUUCAUACAAUAAUAUCAGAAAAGGAUGUGAGGUAACAAUUCAUAAAGCACUGUUUACAAGGAGCAAAUUUCACUCAUAGCAAUACAUUCAAUUACACAUAACCAGAAUUUCAUCCACCUAGAAAAUUAGGACCAGCUCUAAAGAUGAUUUAGACAACAUUUUAAUAUUUUUAGUUAGUAAUAUGAAAAAUCACAUUUCUGCUUUAAUCCUUCUAGUUCACUUGUCCCAUAGUCUUCCAUUGUAAGUGCACGUAUAUGUACAUGUUUUUCCUUUGUUUUUGUUUUUUAGACAACAUUUCUUUGGGUCAAAAUCAACAGUAUGCCAUAUGCUUUUCAAAAGACUGUAUCUGUAUUUAAUCUGGACUAUUCCUUUUAUUAUUGUGUUG